AUGACGACUGACGCACUGACGGAGUUUCGACUGGAAGCGACGCGACGGAACGAGACGAUGGGCGCGAGUGGAGACGUGAAGCGAGCGAAGCGCUUGAGGCAGUGCGUCGUGUGUCAAGACGCGCAGUUUGUGGUGCUUGACAAGCCUCAGGGACUGACACUGCAGAUGGAUGCUUCUGCCAGCAAGCGAAACACAUCGACGAUGACGACCAGCAAGAGACGCUGCGACUGGUGCAUCGACUGGACAAGGAGACGUCGGGCGUGCUGGUGCUGGCGCGUUCUCGUCUUGCAGCUGCCAAGUUCUCGGUGCUGCUCCGAAGCGGGGCCGUGCAUAAGACGUACGAGGCACUCGUGGCAAGACGCUCGUCAAAAAGCCAAAAAAAAGAGCUGCUCGAGCUGGACAGAGUGGGAAGGGCAAGAGAUCCAUGACCCAGUGGACGACAAAACUGCUUGCACGUUAGUGGAGCGCGCGCUGCAGCGGAACGACGGCCGCUACACCGAGCACAGUAGUAAGACCGCCUGGCUGUAG